GACCCGUUUCCCAGCCGUGGGUAUAUAGCGCGCGGAGCGUGGAGAUGCUCCCUUCCAACCAGUGGCGGGGUGCAGAGCGCCGGAGGAGGGAGCUAGGCAGGGGCGCAGGAGAGGGAAACCCGGCGCCUCGUUCCCUGGCUGAGCGGUGGAGGUGGCCCCUCACCCUGCGCUAGUGAUAGCUUCUCCUCAGGCAGUGCGAGCGGCAGCGAGGAGGGAGCCAGCCCCGGCUGUGUCGGCAAACUUAGGGCGGCUCGAUUGGGUGGCUGAACUUGCUGGCCGGCGUUCGGCGAGGAGCUGCCGCCCUCGGGGAAGGAAAUCGGGUAGCGCAGAGGGCGCUUGUUCCUCUUUAAAGUCUCCCUGCCCUCAGCCCUGUAGCCAGCGCUGCAGGCACGGCGGCUCCCGAGCAGCCAGAGGAGGCGGCGAGCUCCGCGGUUCCCAGGCAGUAGCAGCCCCAGGUGCCUGCAGGCAGUGUGGUGCCUGGGCAGUGCUUGGUGUUGGGGGUAGUGGGUGCCUACGCUGCUGCUUUCCUCUGGCUGCUGAGGGGAAGCUUUGCACGGCCCCUUGCUCGAUAGGCUGAGCGGACUGUGCCACGGUUGCCGGUGUCCCUUAAGUUCAUUGCGCUCCGCACGGCUUUUCUCCGCUCUCUGGAGAGCGGCUGCGGGACCCUUUGGCGCACAGAGAAGGCAGGUUCCCCUGUACCAGGGCACCGGAGACGCCCCUUCCCGCGGUAGGCAGCGGGGACUGUAGCUGAGCCCUUGGGGGACAGCGCUGCAAGCAUGAACAUCCUGCUGGAGUUCUUCGUAGUCACUUUCAAAGUGCUCUGGGCUUUCGUGCUGGCUGCGGCCAAGUGGCUGGUGAGGCCCAAGGAGAAGAGUGUGGCGGGGCAGGUGUGCCUCAUCACUGGGGCAGGCAGCGGCCUGGGCCGCCUCUUCGCCCUGGAGUUUGCCCGGCGCCGGGCGCUGCUGGUGCUGUGGGACAUCAAUACUCAGAGUAAUGAGGAGACGGCAGGCAUGGUGCGCCACAUUUACCGUGAGAUCUCCGAGGAGGCGGCUGCCGCUGCCCAGCAAGCAGCUGGAGAUGGUGAAGAAGAGGUGUUGCCCCACUGCAACUUGCAGGUUUAUACAUAUACCUGUGAUGUGAGCAAGAGAGAGAAUGUCUACUUGACAGCUGAGAGGGUCCGCCAAGAGGUUGGAGAGGUUUCAGUCCUGGUUAACAAUGCUGGUGUGGUGUCUGGGCACCAUCUCCUAGAGUGUCCUGAUGAGCUUAUUGAAAGGACCAUGAUGGUUAACUGCCAUGCACACUUCUGGACCACUAAAGCAUUCCUUCCCAAGAUGCUGGAAAUGAAUCAUGGACACAUUGUGACAGUGGCGAGUUCCCUGGGAUUGUUCAGUACUGCAGGAGUGGAGGAUUAUUGUGCCAGCAAAUUUGGAGCUGUGGGUUUCCAUGAAUCUUUGAGCCAUGAAUUGAAGGCUGCUGACAAAGAUGGCAUUAAAACAACCCUGGUCUGCCCUUACCUUGUAGAUACAGGAAUGUUCAGAGGAUGCAGAAUCAGAAAAGAAAUUGAGCCUUUCCUCCCACCUCUGAAACCAGACUACUGUGUAAAGCAGGCUAUGAGAGCUAUCCUUACAGAUCAGCCUAUGAUUUGCACGCCUCGCUUGAUGUACAUGGUAACCUUCAUGAAAAGCAUCCUGCCCUUUGAAGCAGUUGUGUGCAUGUACCGGUUCUUGGGAGCUGACAAGUGUAUGUACCCUUUCAUUGCUCAAAGAAAACAGGCUACAAACAACAAUGAAGCAAAAAAUGGAAUUUAAUACUGUUUUGUACGGACUGGCCUUUGUAGCUGAAUAUGAUCAAAAAUGUUACAUGACUGAAUUUUGAAGUGCACUUGCAUCUAGCUGAUGCAAAUGUCAACAUUUUACAGUGGCAUUCUCUUGGAUCUUAAACCUGUGUAUUGAACUUAAAAAUCAAUGUUUUUUGUGGUUUUUUUUUUACAUGCUGUAAAUAAACUGACUAUAGAGUACUUGGAAAAUGUGAUAGGUAAAGUGAAUUUAAAAUGUAGCUGCCACCAUUGUUCUUUAGACUAUUACUGUAUGUACAGUAAAGCUAGUUAUACUACUUUUUGUAGAGAUGCACUGUGCGAGAUCUUUUCCUCAGACUGCCAAUGUUUAAAGCUGUCUACAACUAGAAGAUGCAGUGUUUCAGAAAUUGCUUUUUCUUUCUCUAUGUAUUAAAACAAAAUCAUGUAAUUUAAACUACUCCUACGCGUGACCUUUUUAGCAAAUUCAAGGACUGAUUAUAAUGCGUCUUUCCACAUGUUAACUCAAGCUGUAAAGGACCCAGGGCUGACCUGUGGUGUAAUUCUCUUACGUAGUGACUGCAUGCCUUCUGUGUUUAAAAGAAAAAAAAGGAGUACUUAGAGACUAACCAAUAUAUUUGAGCAUAAGCUCACUUCAUCGGCCACAGCUCACUGUAGCUCACGAAAGCUUAUGCUCAAAUAAAUUCCUUAGUCUCUAAGGUGCCACUAGUACUCCUUUUCUUUUUGCGAAUACAGACUAACACGGCUGCUACUCUGAAACCUGUGUUUAAAAAGGAAUUUGUAAAUCUCCAAAGGCAAAUAGAUGUCUUUGGAAUAUUUUCAGAGCAAAGCUGUAUUGGGCAUCUCAUUUUCUUUUUCCUGAGAAAUGAAGUCUGUGGUUUAAGCCAUCCAACUCUUUCAAGUCAUUUGACUUGAAAUAUGCUCUGUGUUCUGUCCAUCACUCUGAAUGGCAGACUCCUGCCCUAGUAGACUCCAUUUUUUUUCUUCCUUCUUAAUCUUGCUUCCAUCAGCCCCGCUGAACCCCCAUCACCACACCCUCCGAGGAAGUUGUAUUAAAUUUCUGUAGCUGGGCUCUUGCCUAAAAUACAAAGCAAUUCCAGCAGAGAUACAAAUUGUUUAUGUAAGUCCUGGUUUUGUGCCAACUAUUAACAAAAGAAAAAGAAAAUAAUGCUUGAUGCAACUUUACAUGUGGAAUAUGGAACGGUGUAAAGACUUUUUUUUGAAAGUUGUAUUUGCAUUGUAGAACAGCAAAUGACGUUUUUACGGUAUUUUUUGUAAAGCAAACAAUUUUGUGCCUUGAAUUUGGUAAUUUGUGUAUUAGUGAAACAUUGUAAAAGUGAACUUCUACCUCUGUAUCUUAAUGUAUACCAUCCACUUGUAAAUUACUAUCAAACAAAUUAUGUGAUUACUUUUUUAGACUGUCUUGUUAAAUAGUGACCAAUGUUUGUUUAUUAAAGUGAGCCACCUUUUACUUAA